AUGAAUCAUACUGAACAUCCAUCUCUUGUAUCUAAUUAUCAAUUUCCUCGUUGGUCAACAACAACAUCACGACCACAUUCAACUUUAUCAUCAAAAGAUACUGCCAACGAUAUCUAUCAAUUAGGUAUUGAUAAUCGAAAUGAAUUUCAAAAAUCUGAUUUAUCAACCACAAAACGAAUUAUUCAACAUCAUGUACGUAUUCCAACAAGUGCAAGAUAUAUUUCACCUCCACCUAUUGAUCAAUCAAAUUCUACACCUCAUCAUAAUACAACAUUAGAUCGUUCGUCACCAACAUCAAUGGGUUCACGUUAUUAUCGUUCAAUACCUGUACGAAUGAAAUCAACUGCAUUAACAGUUCCAAUAUCAAAAGGUAAAGAAGAACGAUCAUUUCAAAAUUUUCCAAAACAAACUCAUGAAAAACGAAAAAUAACACAUGAAAGAAAACGAAAAAAACAGCAAGCACAAACAUUAGCUGAAAAAUAUGCAGAUACAGAAAGAUGGUUUCAAUUAAGAACAUCAUUAGCAGAACUUAAACGUCUUGCUACAACACAAGAAAUUAUUGUCGAUCCAACUACAUCCAUUUUUAAUUGUGAUGGACAUUCAUUUGCAACACUUAAACAAAUUAUUGCUCAACAACAAGAAGAUAAAAAAGCAUCUAGGUUAAAAUCGGACUUAGGUAUAUCAUCAUCAUCAUCAUUUGGUUCCGCUUUAUCUUCUCGUGAUUUAAAUCGAGGAAGUUUAACAACAUCUCAUAGUUCAUUUCCUCGUCCUCGAACAAGCAAACGACCAACAGAAACAUAUCCACGAUUAAUUUUCGAACCAUUUAUUGUUGCAUCAAAACCAAUACAUCCUUCUCUUCUUACUGACAUUAAUAAUUUAUCAUCAAAACAAAAAAUAAAAUCAACUCGUCCUCGUCCAAAUUCAACCAUAGCAGUUUUUUCUGGAAAAAGACGUUCUCAAUUACUUCUAUCUGAUCUUUCGAAUUAUGAUAAUCCUUCAACAUCAUUAACACCAUCUCCACCUCUAUUAAAAAAUGAACAAGAUAUAUUGCCUCGUAAAUUAUUAACAUCAUCAUCAUCAUCAACUCGUCCAAGACCUCCAUCAACAUUUCAAUUAACUUCAACAAUAAAAUUAAAACCUCAACCUCCUCGUUGUCGUAGUGCUACGGAUAUAAAAUCUUCAUAUUUAACAACUAAAAAUUAUCCACGUUUUAUAUUAAUUGCUGAUGAACAACAUCGUAUUGAAAGUUGGUAUCAUCAAUAUCCAUUUAUACUUGGUGAUGAUCUAUUAACAUUAUUUGAAUCAAAACAAUUACAACAAAAAUCUACUAUAUCAGCUUAUUUUAUUGAUGAUUUACAAAUAUCAAAAGCUAAUAUAACAGCUAAAACAUUUUUACAAGGUAAAUCAUUUAAUAUAAAUAAUGAUUGGAAAAAAUAUGAUUUAUUAUUUAUAUCAAAUAAUAUUUAUCAAAAAAUUAUUAUUUAUUUACAAACAAUAUUAAAUUUAAUUAAAUUAUCAGGAAAAAUUAUUAAAAUUUAUCAAAUUAAUCAUGAAGAAGAUUUAAAAAGACAAGUUAAAAAUAUAUGUAAACAAUUACAACAAGAAAAUAUAUAUUAA